UAGUAAACGUCAGACGAACCUCGCUCGCUCAACCAUACCACGAACAAAAAAAAAUCUACAAUCUACAAUAGAAAGGACUACCUUAAGACCUGGGGCGAUAUGGCUGAACCCGAGAAAGACUUCCCGCCUGUCCGGGCUUGCCUGUUCGACAUGGAUGGCCUGCUGAUAAACACGGAGGACAUCUACACGCUAUGUGCCGACAUCGUGCUGCAGCGCCACGGCCGCCCCCGCCUGCCGUGGUCAAUCAAGGCACGCCUCAUGGGGGUGCCCGACUCGAGCAAUGGCGACGUCUUCCACGAGUGGGCGCGCCUGCCCAUUUCGCGGGAGCGGUGGCGCGACGAGCAGCUCGCCGAGCAGACGCGCCACUUUCCCGACUGCCAGCCGCUGCCGGGAGCCGAGCGCCUGCUGGCCCACCUGGCCUCGGACGCCGCCUGCCCCGGCGUGCACGCGGCGCUGGCGUCGAGCACGUCGCGCGCCAACUUCGCCAUGAAGAGGAGCGGCCCCGGCGGCGAGACGCGCCGCAUGCUGGACCUGAUCCCCGAGUGCAGGCAAGUGCUGGGCGACGACCCCCGCGUCCGCGGCGGCCGCGGCAAGCCCGCGCCCGACAUUUACCUGCUGGCCCUGGCCCAGAUCAACGAGACUCUCCCGCCGGGCGAGCGGGAGAUCACGCCGCGCGAGUGUCUCGUCUUCGAGGACAGCGUCGUCGGCGUCGAAGCCGGACGACGAGCCGGAAUGCGCGUGUUGUGGGUCCCGCACGAGGGCUUGGCAGCCGAGUACGUCGGGAAGGAGGCCGAAGUGCUGGCGGGGCGGAUCGGGCUUGUCGGGAUCGGGGAUGAGCACGAGCUGGGCCAGCCGGGAGACGGCUGGGGACAACAACUUGCGAGCCUUGAGGAUUUCCCCUACGCAAAAUACGGCAUUCCGCCCCCGCUGUAGGACAUCUGACCCAGACUUUGCACCAAAUACAUGAUCUUUCAAUAGGCGGCGGAGAAGGUGAAGAAUCGGUGUGUGGAUAGAGGACUCCAUGGGGCCGCCAGUCCGGAGGAACUUGAAGGAAGAGAACCCGCCAACAGAGUGUCUGGACCUGACACGAAAACUGGGGCCUGCGCCCUGUACUCUGGGGACGCCUUUCGACAAUUGCUAACAAUUUGCUAAGAGCAUCCAUUUGUUACCGUCGUUUGGGCAGACGCUGACCGCAAA